GGCGGCCGUGCCGGGCCUUUGUCUGGCGCCGCGGGGCGGAGGGCGCGGGGCAACGGCGGAUUGUCUGAUCUCCAGCACUGAGCAGCGAUGCCAUCAGCUAUGGAGGGCUCAGAGGGGGGAGAAGAAGGGGAAAUCUUGCGCUAUGAGGAAACAGAAGAUAACAGUGUCAGUCCCACCGACCUCUCGGAGCUGCUGAAGGAGGGGACUAAGGAAUCCCACGACCGGGCGGAGAACACUCAGUUUGUCAAAGACUUCCUGAAAGGUCGGAUCAAGAAGGAGCUCUUCAAGCUGGCCACCGUGGCACUUUACUUCACCUACUCGGCUCUGGAAGAGGAAAUAGAUCGCAACAAGGACAACCCAGUCUUUGCUCCUCUGUAUUUCCCCGUAGAGCUUCACCGGAGAGAAGCCUUGGCCAAAGACCUGAACUAUUUCUAUGGAGAAGACUGGAAAGAGAAGAUCCAGUGUUCAGAGGCAACUCAGCACUAUGUGGACAGAAUCCAUCAUGUGGGACAGCACGAGCCAGAGCUGCUGGUGGCUCACGCUUACACACGCUACAUGGGGGACCUCUCAGGUGGCCAAGUGCUGAAGAAGGUAGCCCAGAGGGCCCUGAAGUUGCCUAGUACCGAGGAAGGGAUCCAGUUCUACGUGUUUGACAACGUUUCCAACGCGCAGCAGUUCAAGCAGCUCUACAGAGCGAGGAUGAACGCUCUGGACUUGGACAAGAACACCAAGGAAAGGAUCGUGGAAGAGGCCAACCGAGCCUUCAGAUUUAACAUGCACGUGUUUGAUGAACUGGACAAGAUUGGCAGGACACUGACCGAAGAAGCCCAAGACGGAGGCUUUCCAGUCCAUGAUGGAAAAGGAGACAUACGCAAGUGCCCCUACUAUGCAGACAAACUAGCAGACAAGGUGGGACCCGGCUGUCCCUAUCACGCCGCGGUGGCCCUGGCCAAGCAGCCCCUGGUGCAGCUGCUCCUGGCGACCUGCGUGGCCGUGGUGGCAGGAGCUGCCGCCUGGUACCUCCUGUGACGGGGAGAGCGGCGCGCGGCUCCGGAUGGCGGCAAGGGCAGAGGCAUGUCCCCUCCUUCAGACUCUUCCCUUGCUGUUGGUGGUGAGUUGCCCGCAGGGUGGAAGUAAAAUAAUAAUAAAGGGGGAUCCUGCGGGACU